AUGAACAAACCGGAAAAACUCUGCAUUGGAACCUGGACCUGGAUUGAAGCAAAGCUGCGAACUGGAACAAGACUCUGGAUUAGGACAAGAGUCUUGAGUUACCAUAUUGGCCAAAUUAAUAACCUGUUUCAAUUGGUUUUAUCUUUGCCAUAUGUCCCAAAGAUCUGUCUCUUAGUCAAAAAAAAUUAUAAUAACCUUCAUCAAGAAAAAACAAUUUUCCUUUUCCAGAAGCAUAUCGUUCUUUUGACCAAACCUUAUAGUAUUUUGUGUAGAGUGGAUGUAGUAAGGGAAAUAUGUGAAGUUGCUGCGGUCUGUGUCCCUUCAUGGUUACUUGUUAAGCCAAGUGACAAUAUUUAUAAUAUACAAUACUUGCUGCCCACAAACUUACCCUUUGAAAUCCUCUCGCAAAUUGCGCAUUUUGUAUCAGCGGAUUAUAAGUUUUCUUGUAUUCUCACUUGCAAGGCAUGGCGAUAUCCGUUUCAAGAAUCGCUUUUGGAGAAUAUCGAAGUCAGUUCCAUGGAUACACUUGAUAACAUAUGUGCUAUUGUAAAGGAUUCAACAGGCAAUUACACACCACAAGAACUUAUAACCCAAAGUUUACGUGUUACUGGAAAGACAAGCUUGGCUGACUGGCAGGAGACCCGUGUUUUUAAGACCUUUCCAAACUUGAAGUAUCUUGAUAUGGGAUCACUGUCUUUUUACGAUGUCGACAUAAAAUGUACAAAAUAUGGUCCUCCAUGGGAGUCGGUGACUAGCUUAAAAUUCCAAGUUUCUCCAACCAGUUGGAGAAUAUCGAAUGAAUUCAUCCUUGAGAUUCUGCGAAAGAUUCCCAAUCUCCAAUCAAUAGACAUAUCUUCAGAUUCUUUCUAUUACUUGAUCGAGUUUGAUCUCAGUCAAUAUAAUAGCUUUCACAUCGCAUUACCGAAGUUGACAAGUAUUAAGGCUCGUUUAGGGCUCAAGGAUAUACAUCCAAAUGCAGUACCAUCGAUUCCAAGAACCCUACCAGCGCUCUAUGUAACAAAUCUCUAUCUAGAACACACAUACUGCAGUUACCUGUGGCUAUACUACUUUUGCUAUAAGUACCCAAACUUGCGUACUCUGAUAUGGAAAUCCGUACACAAAUUUGGAAACAUAGUCAUUGAAGAAGACGACGGAAGAAAAAUAUCACUACUCCGUUCGGUUAAAAGAUUGUUCCCGCACUUGGAAACUGUGGAUUUUUACACUGAGGAACCGACAGAAUGGUCGCAUUCUAUAUUUUGGAAUCUCCUUUGUCUGUCAGAUGUUCCUAUCAAGAAAUUAAAGUACAAGAUCAAAUCCAGGGACUCUGAUGCAACCUGUUUUGGUAUGACCAUCGAACGAUUUACCCGAUCCUUUUCAACAACGCUCGAAAAAAUCUCUAUUGUCGGAAAUGUAUAUUUUGACGUUGAAAACAUCGUAAAGCUAGAAUGUAUCUAUUGUCCAAAUUUGGUGAGCGUUGAAAUCAAUGAAUGUGGCGUAUCUAUUGCAUUGGAUAAUCUAUUGGAUAAUUGGCCGGCUUUAAGACGACUCAAGUUUUCCAAUGUACACCUGUAUAUUAAUCCAGAAUCCCAAAGAGAAUCAGCACAGCACGGCCUCCGUUUUAUGGUGCUAGAUAAUAUUGUUGCAAGUGCCCCUGUUUUCAAAUACAUGUCUUUCAGAUGCAGACUUUUACAAUAUAUGAGCUUGAGCCAGUCGCAGAUUUGUGGACCAAUUUUGGACGAGACCGGAAGCCUGUGCAUUGAUAUGUCUUACACCAACUUCAGACUACUACAACUCGACCAUGUCAAAUUCUACUCAUCCGAAGAAGACAUAAGCAAAGAUACUUCCAUCAACUUAACAUUGCUUUCCCACUCAGCUGGCAAUCAAACACUGGAUGAAGCAAAAAAGAAAGUGAAUGCAAAUGCAAAUGAAAAUCGGAAAUCUACCGUGGAGCAUCUGUCUUGGUAUCAUCUUUACUGUGAAUUGGAUUGCCCAUUCGACUAUGUCCCAAAGGUUAGGCAACUCUCACAACAAGAAGUGUGUACUGCUAUCAAGUAUUUUGAAGAUUUCCAGCUUAAAGAUAGGACAAAUAUUUUCGAAGUUGAAAGGUCUUGUAACGGGCAGGUUGAUAAAGAAGAUUGGAAGGAAGACCUUUAUAGAGGUUAUGUAGAAUUUAGAUGUGGGCACAUAACUGAAUAUGCGGUGCCUUUAUUCUGGGUUAGUGAAACUAGUUUUUGGCAAAAUUUAUUUGACAGCUCCUGGUAA